AUGGCACCGUCAGAGAAUGCAGAAAAUUCUACAGGUGAUAAUAGCAAUGAUCAAUAUGGUACGCAUCAAGUUAACGGACAAUCAUUUGUGAUAAAUGAUGAGCCAAGGCGAGUGAGAUGUGUUGGACGUUGUGAUAUGGAAUUAGGUGAUGUCACUCAUCAUAAUGUUGAGCAAUUGAAACGACUUAAUCAGGCAGUCUUCCCAGUAGCAUACAAUGACAAAUUUUAUAAGGAAAUUGUCACAGCGGGUGAAUUAGCGAAAUUAGCUUAUUUUAAUGAUAUUGUUGUGGGUGGUGUUUGCUGUCGAAUUGAUACACAAAAUGGUAUGCGUCGGCUGUAUAUUAUGACACUUGGAACUUUGGCACCUUAUAGACGACAUGGGAUUGGUACAAUGUUACUGGAACAUGUUUUCACACUUUGCGACAGAGAUCCAACAAUUGAAAACAUCUAUCUUCACGUUCAGAUUAAUAAUGAGUCAGCAUUGGAUUUCUACAAACGUUUCGGUUUUGAAAUUGUUGGUGUAGCUGAAAAAUACUAUAAAAGGAUUGAACCAGAUAGCGCUUAUGUUUUGGUGAAGAAAAUUCACCGAGAAGUUCGUGAGAAUCUUCCAUAA